UCAUUACGAAACCGACAUCUGCUUUGAAUAUAUAUUGGUAUUGGUGUAUCACAUAUUUUAUAUUAUUUGUACCACAAGCAGGACUGGAGGUUGGAGGCUACAGUAGAGAGAUGGAGACAAUGAAGGUACAACUCCUGGUAUUGUGCCUGACGUCCUUGAUUGCACUGACCGUGCAUGCUGGCUACACUUGCGACAAAAACAAAUACUCGAAUGGCUGUAGUGUUCCGAAGGGUAUCAAAAUCGCGUUCAAGGGGAGGUUCAAACCAGCUUGUAACAAGCACGACAUAUGCUACAGAUGUAUGACGGUAUUUGGAAUCUCAAGACUUCAGUGCGAUAGAAGAUUCAAGAAAAACAUGAAACGGAUAUGUAAGACUCUUAAAGGAAAGAAUUUCAUUGAUAAAUUCUUAAAACGGGAAUCAUGUAAAAAACAUGCCGAUAUCUAUUACACGGCAGUGAGAGCAGGGGGUGCCUCGGCCAUCAAAAAACGGAGAAAGCCAGUAUGGUGUCGACAGAAAUGGGUCAAACCAUGCAUGCAAUAGCUUGGAGAGAUGAAAUUCGCUGAUUUUGCAAUUUAGUAGAGUUUGAAUAUUUGAUCGAAUAAAAUAUAUACUUCUAACAGCGAUGAUAUGAUGAUCUUAUGAUUGGGAACGUAAGUCCAUAUUAAAUAUUAUUCAAUGUUGU